ACAAGUACAACAGUAUACAAGUGAAGAUAAAAAUGAAUACCUUAAAUUUGCUGAAUAAUAUAUUUUCUUUUCUGUUCUGUCUUAUUCUUCAAAUUACAAGGGUUGAGGCAAAAACUUUGGAGUUACAAUCAUCAACGCGAAUCAUUGCACAGAGUUGUUUGGAUUAUCUUAAAAAAGGCUACCAAUCAGAUGAUUUCUAAAAAAUUCGUAACUUUAAUGCGAACAGUCUACUGUGACUUAAAAUCUGAACCUGAAUCAGCCUGGACGUUGGUCAUGUCGUUUGCUUUCAACAACAAACAGCUAGGACAAUUUCAGAGCAAAGCCUUACAAGAAGACGCUCCAGUAAACGAGAAUUCUCUAAACUGGGAGAUAUAUCGUAUGAGCAACUCUCAGAUGAAUUAUCUGAAAUCACAGUCAACCCACUGGAGAGCAACAUGCAGUUAUCCAACAAAAAAAGUUAAUUAUAGAGAUUAUGUGAGAGCAAAGUUUUCAGACUUCGAUGUCUUGGCUUUUGCUGGUUCUGGUAUUUGUAAGAAAGUUGAGUUUAUAAACAUCCGUGGUCAUCAAUGUGCUCAGUGUACGUCAAAAUGGUGGCAGGUAUUAAAUACAUACAUGGCACACAUCGACAGUUCGUCUUCAGGUUGUCAACUUCAUCCUAGCGCUGGUUCCAUCAGUUCCGAAGAUAACUUUGGAUACUACGGCACUUUUAACAAGAAAUUCCGUUGUACAGCAAACAGAUUUUCGACAACCAAUUGGUGGUUUGGUGGCUACAUAUGACUGUUCAAUGAGUAGAGAAAGUACUUUAUUAAUUUUGUCUGUGCUACCAUUAUGUUUACAUUAGUAGAAAAAUGCAGUAAACGCAAAUUUUCUUGAAAAACAGUUUUUGUCAAUAUAAUUGAAUGUUCAUGAUGAAUGUUUGCUGUAACUUCUCAAAUAAAAACUUAAAAGUUUA